AUGGCUGCCAGGAACCAAUAUGAGCGAAUGAGCAGUGACGUCACCAUGCAGUGCGGCUCUCUGGCCAACGACGCUUCUGUGUCAUGGAAGGUCAACGGGACGGACGUGAGAGCCCAGCACCGUCUGGAGGGCCCCAGACUGAUACUGAGCCAAGUGGACCUGGGCCACAAUGGACUGUACAGCUGCUUCCAGGACCCGAACGGCGAGAGACGGGACACCAUCAACCUCCGCAUCGGCAUUCCUCCUCGGGAGCCGGUGAUCACCUGUAGAUCCAACACCUAUCCUAAAGGCUUCUACUGCAGCUGGCACCAGCAGCACUCCACAUACAUCCCCACUACUUUUGAAGUGGAUCUACAACAUAACCAGCGUUCACUGGAGGUGCAGAAAGAUUCCUUCCAUAAGAACCGCUGCCACGUACGUUUUCCAGAGGUCUUCUCCAGCUUCCCCUACACGGUCAACGUGACGGCCAUCAACGCUUUGGGGAAAUCAUCCAGGACCUUUUCCUUUGAGGAGUCAAGUAUAGUCAAACCGGACCCCCCCGAGCGAGUGACGGCCACCCCGAUUCGUUUCAACGUUCGAAGGUUGGAGGUCUCCUGGCAAAGUCCUGCCACCUGGCCGGACAUUGACAACUUCCCUCUGAAAUACUUCCUGCGAUACCGGCCUCUCAUCAAGGAGCAGUGGCAGCAUGUGGAGUUGUCUGACAGCACCGCCCACACCAUCACCGACGCCUACGCUGGCAAGGAAUACAUCAUCCAGGUGGCUGCCAAAGACACGGAGAUUGGAACAUGGAGCGACUGGAGCGUGGCCGUGCACGCCACACCCUGGAUUGAGGAGCCGGUGCAGACCACCUCCACCACUGACAUGGAGUACCUCACACAGACUAAGACUUCGCCAAUACCGUCGUCCAACGCACCACAGAAGGCCGAACCUCCAGUGGGCAGAGCUGCCAGGCUCCUCACCUUCUUCUCGCCUUUGCUGUUAGGCAUGCUGCUGCUGUUCAUGUAAUGUAAAUGUCAAACUGCCCGAAGCAGAGGAGGACGAGGAGGAGGAGGAGGAGGAGGAGGAGGAGGCUGGAUCUUUUGUUUUGUUUUUUUAUCUCUUUUUGCACAUGUUCCCGAGGACGCCGUGCAUCGAUCAUUUCUGUCCAUCACUCACUUACUUACUCGCCAAGAUGACUCGGACGACGCCCCAUGCAGCAUUUUCAAUCAACACAGAUGUUCCCCAGAAGAGCUUUUUUCUUUCUUUCUUGCUUUCCCCCGCCCCCCCGUCCCCCC